AUGUUUAGAGACCGGACUAAAUUAUUUUUGUCGUAUCGUCGAACGACACCGCGAGAUGCUCCCCAUAGACGGCCCUUUAAAGACGACGUGAAUGAUGAUGACAAUGAUACAGAUAGCCUAUUCGAUUCCGAACAAGAUAAUCUCAUUAUUUCCUCCCGGAAACAUCAGCAACAAGGAUCAUCAAAACUCAACAGCCUACAGCUGCGUAGUGGGAAAGAGCCAGGUGCAGAAUACGGGGAGGAUAUCGAAAUGAAGCCCAUGAUACCUACUCAAUUCGAAAUCGCCAAAGACUUGGACAUUUGCUUAACGGUGAUUGAUAAACAAACUCAAGAACUAAACUCUCUAUACAAGCAACUCAUAAUCAUAAACAAGUCACUGAAGAAGAAAGUUGAGUCACAGAUUGAGGAAUAUAGUUUUCAAAUAUUGCAAAAUUUCGAAAAAUGUUAUAUCGGAAUCAAGAAAUUUGAAUACUUGACCAAGAAUCAUGAGCGAUUACAAGUUAAUUAUACAGCCCAGGACUUGAACAUCUUGACCAACAUGAAGAAGAACUAUGCCAAUAAGAUCCAACAACAUUUGUUGGUGUUUCGAAAUUUACAAAAUAACUAUAUGAACUUUUUGCGGGAUGAUGAUGAUGAGUUUGAUUUACUCUUGAAUGAGAAACGCAAUCAACGUGGACAGGGCAAUGAUGGACUCAAGAGCGAUAACAUUGAAGAAUUGAGUAAAGAAAUUGUGCAAUCUACAUCCUCUCAACAACAACAACAACAACAACAGACCCAAGUACAAAUCCAACAAAGCUCCAACGACCAAUAUCUAGAACAACGAGAACGCGAGAUCAACAAAUUAGCAAUGGGCAUCUUGGAAAUAUCAACCAUGUUUAAAGAAAUGGAAACUAUGGUGAUUGAUCAGGGGACAAUGUUGGAUCGAAUCGAUUACAACUUGACAAACACAGUACACGAUUUGAAAACAUCAGAAAAGGAAUUGAUUAAGGCCAAAACGUAUCAAAAACGGACAACAAAGUGCAAGAUUAUCUUCUUUUUGGUCUUGUGUGUGUUUGCACUAUUGAUGAUUUUGAUGUUGCGACCUGGUGGUGGCGGUGGGAGAAGUCAUGAUACAGGAAAGGUGAGUGAAAAGCCAGAACAAGGGUUGGGCAAGGGUGGAGGGGAUGGCUCUUCCGGUAAGCCACCUCUUGAAGUGAACCACCCUGAUUCUCCAAUAGAUGGGUCUAAGCCUAUUGAUGUUGAUGGUGGGUAG